CCCGGGCCGCCUCCGCCGCGCUAUAAAGUGCGGUACCGGGGGCUCCGCGUAGCGGGCGGGCUGUCGGGUAGGGUGUUUCGCGCUGCCGCCAUGGGGAAUACUGUGGCUAGAGAGGAUUUCGAGUGGGUCUACACGGACCAGCCGCACGCCGACCGCCGCAAGGAGAUCCUAGCUAAACAUCCAGAAAUAAAAGCGUUGAUGAAGCCAGACUACAACCUGAUCUGGGUGGUUGUGCUGAUGGUUUUGGCGCAGUUGACUGCAUUCUAUCUGGUUAAAGACUUGGAUUGGAAAUGGGUGGUCUUCUGGGCUUAUGUUUUUGGAAGCUGUAUUAGCCACUCCAUGACUCUGGCUAUUCAUGAGAUUUCCCACAACAGUGCCUUUGGCAACAGCAAAGCCAUGUGGAAUCGAUGGUUUGGAAUAUUUGCCAACCUCCCUCUUGGUCUCCCCUACUCCAUAUCCUUCAAGAGAUACCACAUGGAUCAUCAUCGUUACUUAGGCGGUGACGGCAUCGAUGUGGAUAUUCCUACCAACUUUGAAGGCUGGUUCUUCUGCACCCGUUUUAGGAAGUUCAUAUGGAUUGUUCUUCAGCCUUUUUUCUAUGCCAUUAGACCUCUCUGCAUAAAUCCUAAACCAAUUACUCGACUUGAAGUAAUCAAUUUAUUGGCUCAGCUUGUCUUUGAUGUGGCAAUAUAUUAUUUAUGGGGAGUCAAAUCCAUUUUUUACAUGCUUGCUGGUUCAGUACUUGGUCUUGGGUUGCACCCAAUUUCAGGACACUUUAUAGCUGAACAUUACAUGUUUUUAAAAGGACAUGAGACCUAUUCCUACUAUGGUCCACUUAAUUUGCUUACUUUUAAUGUUGGCUAUCACAAUGAACAUCAUGACUUCCCCAAUAUUCCUGGCAAGAGCCUUCCACUGGUGAAGAAAAUAGCAGCUGAAUACUAUGACAACCUGCCCCAGUAUAACUCUUGGAUAAAAGUACUGUAUGACUUCGUGAUGGAUGACACAAUCAGCCCAUAUUCACGCAUGAAAAGGCAAUUAAAGGGUGAAGUGAAGCAAGAUUAAACUUCUGGCAACCAAAAAACUUUGAAAUGUCUGCUUGCUUUAAAGUGGCUGGUAUAAAGGUUUCCUGCUAAAGCUGUUCACAUGUGUCCUGAAUUAAGAUGUAUAGCAACAUAGCAAUGCAUCCUUAAGGAUUUUGUAGCAGACUCCUACCAGCCAUAACAUUCCUCACAGUCCUCAGAUUUGUUGGUUUAAUGUGUCUCUGUUUGCCUAAGGAUCAGUGUUAUAUGCAUAAUGCAAAAUCACUUUGUUACAGAAUUUACUUUGGUAGGUGUUAAAUCUAUAUAAAAUGUCUGUCUGACUCAUAACAGUUUAAAAGUUCUCAAUGUAGUAUACUGCCCUCAACAUGCUAUUUAGAUGACUAGUUUUAAAAUGCUGUACUUACCUGUUAAUUCUAAACUAACAUGAUUUGUUAACUUAAACAUUCUGUUGAAAAUGUUUUUGAACUGAUGGUUGGAAGAACUAAAUUUGCACAGAAAUGUUCAGUCUGCUUUUGUUUAAAUAUGUGUCAUUUGAAGCAAUGCUUUAAAGUUCCACCUCUUCUACCAAGAGUACCUUAAUGGAGCAAUCUGUCAGAAUGAAACUGGUAUCUUUGAGAUGGCUUCUAUGAUUUCUUUGUAAAAAAAAAAAGGGGGGUAUUGCCAACUCCAAGGGUCCCACCUACUGCCUGAGUUGCUUCUGUUGGCAUGUAGUGUGAGCAGGUGGCAUUUAGUAACUUAAUAUACCUGAUGUGGGGUUUCAUGUUGGAAAAAACUUGUUACAGUUACUUGUUUGGGGGUUUUCUGAUCUUUCAAAGAAAAAUUACUACCAUGUUACUAUGGUUUCAAAUAUAAAUAUUUACACUCAUUUGGAAAUUUGGCUUUUAUGGAAAAGUGAAUGGAUUGAAACCGAUACUAUUCUGGCAAACAAGUCUAGCUACAACCACUGACAAUACUACCUAUUAGCAGAUCAGUCAUUUGUGUACAUAGAAAGGUUGUUAAAUAAUGUUUUUCUCCUCCCUAAACCUGCAGUACCUUCCAUAAAUACUUGUCUUUCUUACAUAUUAAAAUGUGGUGAGAAGUGGUGAUAUCAAACUUCCUGCUUAGGAAAUUUUUCAUUGGGAACAGGUAGACUUGCUGGACAGUAAAAAAUCUCUCCAUACCUCAGCACAUUAUAUUUGCCUUCUACCCUCUAAUGCAUUAUUGAUGGCUUUAUGCAGUCAAAACUGGCUGCAACUCACCCUUAAAUCUCAAAUGGUGGCUCUAUAGUAUGUUCAUUAAUCUGAAAGAUGGAAGCUGAGAAAAGUGGCAGUUGCAGCUGCUGUAACUAAAUUUUAGAUGCCUUCAACACCUGUAUUUUGGUGUGGUUUUUGGGGGUGUUUGUUGUUUGUUUUGAAAAAGUGAGUGCCUGAAAAGAUUGUACUGGUACAUCUUAACUCACUCUUGACUGUGGUGCUGUUUUAAUGUGUGUUUUGUUUAAGUGUGGGCCCUUAUCUUGGCUAAGCAACAGAAGUGGUGUGAAAGUCUGCCAGCCAUCUACAGAGUGACUUCAUUAUGCUCAUAACCUGUAAGAUAGCCAGUGUGUUGCUCAGGGUGAAGGAUAAUGUCAAAAUAGACUUUGUCCAGUAUUUUUACACGUAAUUAAAAAGCAAAGAUUAAAGUAA